AUGAAUCUGGAACCCAAGGCCUCGCUGCGUAAAUCUGCUUUUCCAAUCAAAAACCAGGCGGAUCUGCCCUCCAGUACCUCUGCUUCCGCUUCCGCCUCUGUCUCUGUUCCGCCCUCCGCAAGAACUCACAACCUCCAGUCUACUCCGUUCCUGCCGCCUCCCAGCUACCCGACGACACCCCCUGGCCCUCGGACUGGCACUGUGGCGACGCCUCCGCACUCGCAUCCACAACAACCGCCGCCGGGCGCAAGUCGAGGUUGUCACCACCCUUCCGAGGGGGCUAUCAGGCUUGCCGCUCAGCUGGUCACAGGGCGUGGUUUCGACAUCAGCCGAUAUGGUCUGACGGCUGCCGCCACCGUUCGUGAUCAAUCUGGCGUUGAUGCUGCCGCCUCUGUCAACGGUCUCCAUUCGGCAGCUUUCUCCUUGGGAGCCCCUCCCUUUCGUAAACCCGCACAACCUUGGAAACCGCCAGACAGCCAGGGCUUCGCGCUCCCCGGUCUAAAGUCGCGUCGCACGAAACGGCCAGUUGACGACGGUCAUCUCGACGGCACUUUCGUUACCCCAGCAGCGAAGAAGCCGCGCCGUCUUCCGCCGGGCAGUCUUGACCUCCCCAAGCUUGCUACUCCUCGGACCCUCGAGGACUUGCCCCUGUCCAACGGGGUUUCGCCAUUGUUCUUCUCCAAUUCGUCUUCGAAACACAUGACGGGACGGCCACCAAGCUUCUCCGCUUCGGAGGCAUCCGGGGCCAUGAUACACCGCCUGCGGGAUGAGCAAGGCACUGUGAGGACGGUCAGGUUACCUAGGGGGCACGUCAGCUCCGCGAGCCCGGCACGGGCCCAAAGCAUGAGCACCCCUGGCAGCGGUGGGUCCGCUGGGAGCCAGUCCUCCCACAGCAUAGACGGUCGCUUGAUGUCGUCAGAACUACAAGAUCUUCAGGGCGUAGGCGUGAUUGAGCUACUGGAUCAGGAUGAGCGGCCGACUUUCAUAAUCGACUUGAUGGACCCAUCAAAUUUCGGCCCUGGCUCAUUGAAGAUAGUCUGGCGCAAUGCAGCGCUGAGAGCCGCCGUUGGAGUAGAUGAGCUGAUAUCCAAAAGCGCAGAGGACAGUGUCGAUUUCUCCCGGUUCAAGGCGUGGGCCGUCAGUUUUGUGAAAGAAAACAGGUCCAUGGAUGUGUGUUUGCCGUCGCUGUCGUAUGGCGGUAUCAGUUGGACAUGCUCCACCGUGAGAAAUCGCUUCCGUUUCGUCAGUGGCAACAGUGCCGCUGUCUCGAUCACGCCCACAUCGCCGGCUCCCAUCGCACGCGCCUCGUCGAUUCUCGAACAACGCUCUCAGGGACAGACAGCUAGCCGAGAUACUCACACCCCCGGCCGUGAAAGAGCUCUGAGCGACCUUGAUUAUUUUGGCGAUGCAGAGCCGGAUCAGGCCUUGGCUGCCUCACGCCGCGCGCACUCGGAGCCCAGGGACUUGAGGGAUAUGAGGCCGGACACGCCGAUCGUUACCACAGAGGACGCGUACGAUUGUGACGAUCCAGCGGAUUGUGCGGUGUCGUUCGAUUGGACCAGGAUAGUUGACACGAGCAGCAUGCUGCCACAUCUACAGUUCGCCAGAUCGAGAAACUGGGCAGCCACACCACUUGGGCCCAUUGAAUCGUGGCCAGCAGAUUUGCGAACCAUGUCAAACAUGAUCAUGGGCAGUCCACAUCCUGCUGCCAUGUACUGGGGGCCGGACAAUAUCGCGCUCUACAAUGAAGCGUACCUCGAUUUGGCAGGCAACAAGCACCCGAAGCUUAUGGGCCAACCCUACACUGAGGCGUGGGCGGAAAUAUGGGACGAGAUCAAGCCAGUCUUCGAUGCUGCGUGGAAUCAUGGCCAGGCUACUAUGAAACAAGAUGAUCGGCUUUUCCUGAACCGAAAUGGCUUCUUAGAAGAAGCUUUCUUCAACUGGUCUAUCGUCCCACUCCUAGGCAGCGAUGGGUCCGUGGUGGGACUAUACAACCCUGCAUUCGAGAACACCCGCCGCAAGGUCAACGAGCGGAGGAUGCUGACCCUCCGUGCAAUUGGCGAGAAGACAACGCAGGCUCGCAACGUGGGACAGUUCUGGAAGCAGGUCCAUGAAAGUAUGAAAGUUAACGAGUGGGACAUCCCUUUCGCCCUGAUCUACUCCGUGACCGAAGACUCAGAAAGCGAGGUCUCAUCCAUGCAUUCUGGAAGCAUGGUCAACCCUCCACAGAUAGUCCUCGAGGGUUCAAUAGGGAUAGCCGCCGACCACCCAGCUGCGACACCAUGGAUCGAUCUGCGAACCAGUGAGGAGGGCUUUGCGUCAUACAUGCGGAGGUCAAUGGCACAACCAACGGUCCCUGUUGUGUUGUCAAAGGACGAUGGAACACUACCACAGAGUCUCAUCGAGGGCAUCCAGUGGCGAGGAUUCGGCGAUCCUUCCAGGAACAUCGUCAUUUUUCCUGUGCAUCCCACCACCGGCGAGACCGUCGUUGGUUUUGUCGUCAUGGGUAUUAACCCCCGGAGGCCGUAUAAUGAUGAUUACCGAUUAUUUGUCGACCUCCUGUCUCGGCAAUUGGCGACUUCUAUGGCAUCUGUCGUUUUGUUCGAAGAAGAGAUCAAGCGUGGUCAGCAGGCUGCGCGCCUUGCCGCGUUGGACCGCCAACAACUCUCAAUUCAGUUGCGUCUGCGAACACAGGAGGCCGUCGAAAGCGAGUACAAGUUUACCAGGAUGGCGGAAUUUGCCCCCGUCGGCAUUUUUAUCGCCAAUGCAGAGGGGCAUAUCAACUUCUGUAACGACUCGUGGUGGGAGAUCUCGAGGCACCCGCGAACGAUCAACUCAACCAACACAUGGAUGGAGAGCGUUCUACCUAUCGACAGGCCGACUAUUGAGGCUGCCUGGCGGAGCUUGAUUGAUGACAAGGUCUCGAUUGUCCAAGAGUUCCGAUUCAAGGCACGUCGCGAGUUCAAUGGCCACCCCAUCGAGACAUGGGCCCUGAUGAGCGCCUAUCCUGAGAAGGACAGUGACGGGGCAGUCAAAGCCAUCUUUGGCGUCAUAACCGAUAUUUCUCAACAGAAAUGGGCGGAGGCAUUCCAAAAGCAGCGCCGGGAAGAGGCGGUCGAGCUCAAGCGACAGCAAGAAAACUUCAUUGACAUGACAAGUCACGAGAUGCGCAACCCACUGAGCGCCCUGUGCCAGUGUGCGGACGAGAUCAUAGGCAGCAUCGCAGCAUACCGGAAGACCGAACCCGAGAUCGCCGAGCGCUUGGGCAAGAUGCUUGAUACCUGUCUGGAAGCCGCCAACACCAUAUCGUUGUGCUCGAAUCACCAGAAACGAAUCGUGGAUGAUGUCCUGACGUUGUCGAGGCUCGAUUCCAGGAUGGUAGAGGUGACGCCAACUGUUGUCAGCCCCGUGGAAGUCAUACAGACAAGCCUCAAGAUGUUCGACACGGAGUUGGCAUCGAACAACAUCAAGGCCGAGUUUCGCAUCGAUCAGUCCUACCGAGACAUGGGCAUUGAGCUUGCACUCCUCGACCCAGCUCGGCUACAACAGGUCAUUAUCAACCUUCUCACUAAUGCGAUCAAGUUCAUUCAAAAGCAAGAGGAACGGUCCAUCAUCAUUACACUCGGGGCAUCCAAGGAAGCGUGCAAGUCACAAAUUUGUGGGAUUGAAUUCUUUCAGGAGGGGUUGGAGGCCGAGCAAGACAUCACAGACAAGCCUGACUGGGGUACCGGCGAGAAAUUCAACCUCCACGUCUGUGUGGCGGAUACUGGGCCUGGCUUGACAGACGAGGAGCGGUCAAUGCUAUUCCAACGAUUCCGGCAAACCUCGCCUCGAACACACGUCGAGUAUGGAGGAUCCGGGCUCGGUCUUUUCAUCUCGCGGAUGCUCACAGAGCUACAAAGCGGCCAGAUCGGCGUCAUUAGUGAGAAAGGCGUCGGCAGUACCUUCGCCUUCUACAUCAAGAGUCGCAAAGCUGUUGAGCCACAGCUUCCUAGCCCAUCUCUUCACAAGGAGGGGACCGACUUCCUCACGAUACAACCGGCUAUCGAUCCUGGGACGAUAGACGUUCUAGUUGUCGAGGACAAUCAGGUCAAUCAGAAGGUGCUGGGUCGGCUGCUGAAGAACUCCGGCUUCAGAGCACACCUGGCGAACCAUGGAGGCGAAGCGAUUCAGAAGCUCCAGCGUUCGAGGCACUGGAAUCACGAGGCGGCGAUUGCCAAGGGUUACGGACCAUUGAGUCCUAUCGACGAAGAUGACGAGGAGGACUUGAUCAAUGUCUCAAUCAUACUCAUGGAUCUGGAGAUGCCCGUCAUGGACGGGACAACGUGUGCGCGUACUAUCCGGGAGCUGGAGAAGCAGGGCGUGCUUACGGCCCACAUCCCAAUCAUAGCAGUCACAGCGUAUGUGAGGCCUGAGCAAAUUGGGGAAGCCAUGGCCUCGGGGAUGGACGAUGUCGUUUCGAAGCCUUUCCGCGCCCGCGAACUGACACCCAAGAUCACGGAGCUACUGCUGAACCCAACGACAGAAGCAAUGCCUUACUCGCCUUUGUCCAUGGCCUCCACAGAGGCCGAUUCCGGGGCAUGA